GGGAGCUCUGCUGGCACAGCCCUGCAAAGGGCCUUACAAUCAGGUGGAAGGAAAACUCAGAGGAGAGAAUUGCACAAGGAAAUUGAUAAUGGGCCUGAUUCCAAACUUCUCCAUGGAAACCUGGGUUUUCCUGGCUCUCAGCCUGCUGCUCAUUUAUCUAUAUGGGACCUAUCCACAUAGAUUCUUUAAGAAGCUGGGAAUUCCUGGGCCAACACCUCUGCCUUUCUUUGGCACUAUUUUGGAGUACCGGAAGGGUAUGUGGAAAUUUGACUUAGAGUGCCGUAAAAAGUAUGGAAAAAUGUGGGGGUUGUAUGAUGGCAAACAGCCUUUGUUGGCCAUCACAGAUCCAGAAAUGAUCAAAACAGUGCUUGUGAAAGAAUGCUAUUCUACCUUCACAAACCGACGGUCUUUUGGUCCAGUGGGUUUUAUGCAAAAAGCCAUCUCCUUAGCUGAAGAUGAAGAAUGGAAGAGAAUACGAACAACGAUGUCUCCAACCUUCACAAGUGGAAAACUCAAGGAGAUGUUCCCCAUCAUUGAACAAUAUGGAGAUGUGUUGGUGAAGAACCUUCAGCGGGAAGCAGAGAAAGCCAAGCCCGUCUCCAUGAAAGAUAUCUUAGGAGCCUACAGCAUGGAUGUGAUCACAGGCACAUCAUUUGGAGUGAACAUUGAUUCCCUCAACAAACCACAAAAUUCCUUUGUGGAAAAAGCCAAGAAGCUUGUAAGAUUUGAUGUUUUCAAUCCAUUGUUUCUUUCAGUAGCGAUCUUUUCAUUCCUGACUCCACUAUAUGAGAUGCUAAAUAUCACCAUUUUCCCACAUGAUUCUCUGACAUUUUUCAAAAACUUUGUAAUAAAGACUAAGGAAAAUCGCCUUGAAACUAACCAGAAGCACCGAGUGGAUUUCCUUCAGCGAAUGAUAGAGUCCCAGAAUUCCAAAGACUCAGAGAGCCAUAAAGCUAUGUCUGAUCUGGAGAUUGCGGCCCAAUCAAUUGUCUUUAUUUUUGCUGGCUAUGAAGCCACUAGCAAUGCUCUUUCCUUCAUUUUGUAUGAAUUGGCCACUCACCCUGAUGUCCAGAAGAAACUGCAGCAGGAGAUUGAUACAGCUCUGCCCAAUAAGGCACUUCCCACCUUUGAUACCCUGGUAGGGAUGGAGUACCUGGACAUGGUGGUGAAUGAAGCUCUCAGGUUAUACCCAGUUGCUAACAGACUUGAAAGAGUCUGUAAGAAAGAUGUUCAAAUCAAUGGGACAGUGAUUCCCAAAGGGACAACGGUGAUGAUACCAGCCUUUGCUCUUCACUGGGACCCAGAGUACUGGCCAGAGCCUGAGGAGUUUCGCCCUGAAAGAUUCAGUAAGAAGAAAAAGGAUCUCAUUAACCCUUACAUAUACAUGCCCUUUGGGAAUGGACCACGGAACUGCAUUGGCAUGAGGUUUGCUCUUAUGAACAUGAAACUGGCAGUCAUCAGAAUCUUGCAGAACUUUUCCUUCCAACCUUGUGAGGAAACACAUGUCCCCAUGAAAUUAAGCAAGCGUCCUCUUCUUCAGCCAGAAAAGCCCAUUGUUUUGAAGGUUGUAUCAAGAGAUGUGACCACAAGUGCAGCCUGAUCUUCCUUCAGGAUUUCUGCUAUGUUCUCCAAGGAGACUGUCCCAGAACACCAGAGACUUUAAUUUGCCUUUAAAUAAAAGUUAGAUGAAGAUAGGCCUAGUCUACUAUCCUUUGAGGAAUGAUUACAGAUUUAUUAUAAUCAUGAAUCUUACUCACUGUAUUGAGUAUUAAUUAUCAAGUAAUGUACAGGAGAUGACUGAAUCAGUGAGAGGUAUGUAAAGUCACUAUUUCUGAUUAUUGUGAGAUGCUUUCCAUCUACUCCCAGGGGCUGCAUCAGUGAGGUCUGGUUAGAGUAAAUAUUUCUCAAUAAUUUCACCAAUAGUAUUUAAUAAAAUGGGAAUUAUUGUGUUAACUCUAGUAAUAAAAUUUACAUAAAAUGUUUUCUUUUUAAUAUUCUAAAAGAAGUGUUAUGAG